AUGGCCUUGAAACCUGACGACCCCUGUAGUGGGUUUCGCCAUGGCAAGGUUGUGGCCUUCAUCAACGAGAAGAUGGCCAGGCACGUGAAAGGCCCUGAGUUCUACCUUGACAAUCUAACCUUGUCCUGGGAGGAAGUGGAAGAUAAGAUCAGAACCAUCCUGGAGGACAGCGAGAUGUCCAGCCAGGCCCAGGAAGCCUGCGCUUGGAGCAGCCUGGCUCUGGGUGUGCGCUUCGCUCGCAGGCAGGGGCAUUUACAGGGACGCAGGGUGCAGUGGCUACAGGACUUUGCCAAACUACACAAGUCAGCUGCCCAUGCCCUGGCCUCAGACUUGAAGCAGCUUGGAGCACAGCAGGAGAUGGAACGCAAGGAGGCUGCCUUCCAGUUGCGGCUGGCCCAGACCAAACUGGCAGAGGUGCAGAAAGAGCGGGAUCUACUGAGGUGGAAGCUUCUCAGGGCGGAGCUGAGGGCCCUCCCAGACAAGGCUGUAGAGGGGCCAGGCUUGGCCACUGCCAGAGGGGCAGGGACCGAAGUAACAGGUGAGAUGGAAGAAGCAACAGCUGCUGCAGAUGAUGCUACAGGAGGAGGAGGAAGAAGAGGAGAGGAGAGUGAUACAGUGGGAGCCGCCCCCAUGGAGGCCGAACAGGAGCUGGCCUCACCCUUACCAUCCCCACCAACAGGCAUGGUCACAGCACCUGCUCCAACUCAGAUGCUUCCCCACAGCUCAGCCUUUGAUGUUAGCCUCUGGUGGUCUGAUAUGGGGGCCCAGGGAUUAGACCCUCCAGAAACACUUAAUAGGAAAGACUUUGAAUCCCAUCAGCAGAGAAAACCUCCGGUUUUUCGCCGGCCUGGGGAUUGGGACUGCCCUUGGUGUAAAGCUGUGAACUUUUCACGAAGGGAAAGUUGCUUCCGCUGUGGGAGGGGAAUCUGGCUGCAAAGCCCUUAG